GCACCCACUCCAACACUCCUCCUCCGCGCCCCUCGUCCACGCCGGCACGCACGCAACACAGACAAAUACCCUCUCAUGGAGCUGCUGCACAGUUGACCAUUGCGCCUCCACGAAACCACGCGCUCUCUCCGCAACACCCGCCUCGACUCUCGCUACCGGGGACACUUGGCCAGCUGCCGCCAUAUUGUGUAGGGAUUCGUAUCCGCCAACAUCGCUUCCGUGACGCGCCCUUGCUCUGCCAUUGCGCAAACCCAACGAGUGCUAUGCUGCGUUCCUGUGCCAACUUGUGAUGCUGUCGAACGACCUGCUUUCCGCCGCGCAACAUCCAGCCAUUUCACCACACAACUCGGCCUCGCCAUUGAUCUCCGAACAGCAGAGGACCGACCUGCACGACCGAGGGCACGAGCAGACGACUUCUGCGCAAGAAAAAGAUUCGAAGAGCUUUAAGCAGAGACUUCUCCAGCUUGCGGGCAAGAAAAAGGACGAAAAGGUCAGAAUGGAGGCCAUGAAUACUACUGCGUUCGAAAAAGCUGUCAAUGCUGCUGGCACAGCAGAAUCGCAAAGCACCACACAGCAGCGACAGCCGGACUUGAAGCCGCAACCGCGACGGACACCUGCAUCUCCCUCGCGACUUCCCUACCAUUCAGCCAUGUCUGCGUCUCCAUCGAGACUACGAUCGAGUUCACCUCGACUGCACAGCCCGGCGUCUUCCGAGAUCUUCGAACGCAAUGUCCAAGAGCCGCUACCGAUCUCAACAUUGAGCAAUGAACUUACCGACGCACACAUCCCGGCCCAUGUCAUGACAGAAGACGACAUUCCGCCUGCACUGGACGCUUCAGCAGAGGCAAUAACAAGCAAGUCGCUGAAUCCAGACGAGGUUGAGAUUGUUACAUCGACUUCUCACCAACCCGCAGCAGCCAGCGUCUUGGAUGGCUCGACUAGUCAAGCAGACCUUAUCUCACUAAAUUCGCCAUUGAGAUUUGAGACACCGAUCGACUCCGAGCCGGCCUCGAGCCUACAGGCAUCUAGCGUACUGCAGAAUCUCGACGACGAGGUCGCCAGUAGCUACGGCCAAUUGGAUCCAAACGAUGUUCGACGGCUUAGCUUCAUAUCCUUCAAGGAUAUUGUGCAAAGUGAACUCCAGCAACAACACUUGGCAGAAAUCGGGAAUCGUGACUCACUUCACAUUGGUGGGCACUCGUUCAGCAGCUCGAUGAAUGAGCGAGCUACCUCUCCCUUGCGGUCCCCACGAUCCCCAACAUCGUCUGCUGCAGCAUCAGGAGGCGUCACCACACCUCCACCAGGACUCAACAUCUCCUACCCUUUGGCUGAGCAAUCACCUGGCAGGAUCGGAAGCCCUGGAAGCAUGCACGGAUCUGCGCAUGGACAUGGAGAGCUGACCAUCGAAACGAUGAGUCAGAGUAUUAGAAAGACCGCCAGUGGCGACCUCAGCAAUGUCAGAAUCCGCGACGGAAGUGAUGGCAUACGAUCCGCUGGACUGAGCCCUGUCGGCGACGAGAACGAAUUCACGAGGCAGAUGCAGAGCAGAAGUCGCACGAACUCAUAGCUUGGCGGCGGUAUGGCGGCACCGCCGGACGCCAGAAAAGGAAAGAGUCUUAGCUGAUCCGAGCUAAGACUCUGUUAUCUGCCCAAGUGGCUGUUGGGUCGAGGAACUGUGGCUUGAGCACAGAUGUGGGAAUGAGCGGGAGAGUGCUGCCUGUUGCACAUAAUUUUAUUUUGGAUUAUUUCUAUUGUCUGGGUCUUGUGACACGACAGAUUGAACACUCGAUCUGAUUUCUGCUGGGAGUAUCAUUACCUUUGGGAAGCUUCAUGCGGACUUUCUCGAAUGACUACUGAAACCGGCAUGGAUAUACCUUGGAAUGAACACUUCUUUAGGGUUUUGGAAGGAAGAAUCGACUUUUGCUGCUCUUGGGAGAAUGUAGAGAUCCGGCUUGAGCCUUUCAACGUGCGGCCGCACCAGCGAGAACUGCUGUUCAUGUGAUCAAUGUCAAAGUGCUGCC